CACGUGGGAACAUCUUGUCUCUCUUCCGGUGAUCGCCGUUUAUGCUCUCCCCUCCUCUUUCCCGUUCCUUCCGGUCGCCGCCUCCUCCGGCGAAGUCAACACGUUAUCUCUAGUCCCAAUUUCUGCGAUCUCUUCCUGUCAUUACUUGAAUCGAGGUGGAGAAUCCGAUUUUCCUCCGGCUCGUUCGCCCGUGCUUUAUAGCCCUAACGCCGAGCUGUUGCUUUGAUCUCGCCGGCGAUUGUGAUGGGUUCGUUAGGCGUCCGAUUUUACUUGCUUCUAGUCCGAUAUCUAGCUGUGAGUUUUGCCCUUAAAUACAUGAUUGGUGUUUCUUCCCCAUGUAGAUUAUGUGCGAAAGCUUCGCCUUUUGGGUAAAUCCAUUUUGAGUGGCUUCCCUGCCUCGUUUCUGGUGUUCCGUUUUUGGUGUUUCUCCUUUGGCGUCUGAUUAUUUCAGGUGACGUUGGAGUUAAGAGGGUUUGGCUGUAGCAAAAGAGGAAUCCACAGACUUGUCAAAACAUGCCGAGGUAUUUGGAUUUUCUAAAAGUCAAAAAAGUUGGCAACACUUUUCGGCAAAAUUCAAGAACUAUUUUUGCCAAUACAAAUCCUAGAUUAUCCUCAACAAAUGCUUUAGCUUUCUCAGACAAAUUGCUUCCUCUGUACAAGGUUUUUGGUAGACAACAUAACCUAUUGAUACUCUCUAAAAUUGAGGAAAACAUGUCCAAGAAUAACCCCUUCAGGAAGGUUUUUGCCCUUUCAGCUCAGAAGUCAGUAACCCAUCAUUCUCAAGUUGCCUGGAAAAAGUUUUGUAUGACAUACUCUUGCAAAGGAAUUGUCUCUUCACCUAUCAGGAAACUAGCUUGUGCUACAUGCUUUCAUAUUGCUCGAUCCCCUCUAGUCCCUACUUUUCUAGCUUUUGUUGCUGGGGAGAUUGCAUUAUCCAAGAUGGCUUGGUCAGAUGGGGAGUAUUUUCCAUCACGUAAUGAACUUUAUAUGCGAGCACAAGAUAGCCAUAUUUUCCUGGCUUCGAUUGUUCUCUCAGUCUUGGAGUGUUUUAUUUUGUUACUGAGGGCAAUCUAUUUGGCCAUCUUGUUUUCACCUAUGAUGGUAACGGCUCCAUUUGCUGAUAGUUCUGGUACUUGGUUCAGGGAAGUGUGGAUUCAUCUUGUUCGUUCUACUUUGGAAAAAGCAGGGCCAGCAUUCAUAAAAUGGGGUCAAUGGGCUGCGACACGUCCGGAUCUCUUUCCUAGUGAUCUUUGCACUGAGCUGGCAAAACUUCAUACUCAUGCACCUGCACAUAGUUUUUCCUACACAAAAAAGUCUAUAGAAAAAGCCUUUGGCCGCAAAAUAUCUGAUGUUUUUGAGAAUUUUGAAGAGGAACCUGUGGCAUCUGGAAGUGUAGCUCAAGUUCAUCGGGCUUCCUUGAAAUUUCAACAUCCUGGUAAACCACUAAAACAUGCAGUUGUUGCUGUAAAAGUUAGACAUCCUGGUGUUGGUGAGUCGAUUAGGAGGGAUUUUGCAAUUAUUAAUAUGGUGGCCAAAAUUUCCCACUUUAUCCCCACACUGAGCUGGUUGCGCCUGGAUGAAAGUGUGCAACAGUUUGCUGUUUUCAUGAUGUCUCAAGUAGAUCUUGCUAGGGAGGCUGCACAUCUGAGCCGCUUUAUCUAUAAUUUUCGCAGGUGGAAGGAUGUAUCUUUUCCAAAACCUCUCUACCCAUUUGUCCAUCCUGCCGUGUUAGUGGAGACUUUUGAACAUGGAGAAAGUGUUUCUCACUAUGUUGAUGAACUUGAAGGACAUGAUCGACUCAAGAGUGCUCUUGCUCAUAUUGGAACUCAUGCACUCUUGAAGAUGCUUUUGGUGGACAAUUUUGUCCAUGCAGAUAUGCAUCCUGGAAACAUCCUUGUUCGGACUCAAACCAAAAGCUCUAAAAAAGGAAUAGUUAAAUCAAGGCCUCAUGUGGUCUUUCUUGAUGUAGGCAUGAUUGCAGAGCUUUCGGGUACUGAUCGUGUAAAUUUACUUGAUUUCUUUAAGGCUGUAGCUCUUCGAGAUGGAAGAACUGCUGCUGAGUGCACCUUAAGGUUAUCAAAAAAUCAGAAGUGCCCUAAUCCAAAUGCCUUCAUUGAGGAAGUAGACAAGUCAUUUACUUUUUGGGGCACGACAGAUGGGGAUGUUGUCCAUCCAGCUGAAUGCAUGCAUCAAUUGCUGGAACAAGUGCGCCGUCAUAAAGUUAAUAUUGACGGGAAUGUUUGCACUGUGAUGGUCACCACUUUGGUUCUGGAGGGCUGGCAGCGUAAGCUCGAUCCAGACUAUGAUGUGAUGCGCACACUACAAGCUCUGUUAUUCAAAACUGAUUGGGCUCAAUCCCUUUCCUACACUAUUGAAGGACUCAUGGCUCCUUAGAGAAAUGGCUCCCUUUCAGUUUAUCGACAGUGAAUUUUGAAAAAAAGUCUACCUACGUACUACGUUGGGAUAGGCCUUGCAAUUUUGCUUUUCAGCAUUUUUUUUCAAAAAGAUUCUACAGAUUUUUAGUCGCCAUUUUGGCAAAACAUGAAAUUCUGGUAGAUAAAUGGAAAAUACAUGAAAGCAUGUGUUCAGAUUUUAA